AUGAAAGCUGCCACAGUGGUUUUGCCACUUGGGGCGUCACAGCCAGGAGGACGAUAUAAAGCUGAGUGCCAGUCUUGGAGAAACAGCAGCACCACAGGAGAGCGUACAUACUCAAGAGACGAAUCUACAGCCAUGGACACCAUCACACAUCAGCAGAAAAAUGCCCCAGAGCUGAAAAAAUCCAAGUCUAGGAAAAACAUCAACCACUUCACGGAUGUGCACGGUCUGCCUUGCAUUGAGAAGAUUGUAAGCUCAGUGGAGGACACCCCCGAGCCCAUCUGCACCAACAUAACUGGCAAAAUCCCAGAAUGGAUCAAUGGCAGCCUUUUGAGAAAUGGGCCCGGGAAGUUUGAGAUCGGAAACCAGAAGUUCAACCACUGGUUCGAUGGUAUGGCUCUCCUGCACCAGUUCAAAAUAUCCAACGGUCAGGUGACUUACAAGAGCCGCUUCCUGUCCAGUGACAGUUACCAAGCCAACAAGGAGCACAACCGCAUCGCAGUGUCAGAGUUUGGCACUAUCACCAUGCCAGACCCCUGUAAAAACUUCUUCCAGCGCUUCCUGUCAAGAUUUGAAUUACCAAAGUCCUCAGAUAAUGCCAAUGUGAGCUUUGUGACCUACAAAGGUGAUUACUACGUCAGCACAGAAACAAAUGUCAUGCACAAAGUGGACCCUGAGACACUAGAGACAACUAAAAAGGUGGACUGGAGCAAAUUCAUUGCCGUGAACGGAGCGACCGCACACCCUCACACUGAUCCCGAUGGAACAACAUACAAUAUGGGGAAUUCCUACAGCUCUAAAGGAGCGUCCUAUAACAUCAUCCGAGUGCCGCCGACCAAGGAAACCCCUGAAGAUACCCUGGAGGGAGCCACAGUGCUGUGCUCUAUUCCUUCAGAGGACAAGACCAAACCAUCCUACUACCACAGCUUUGCAAUGUCUGAGAACUACGUGGUGUUCAUUGAGCAGCCCAUCAAGAUGGAUCUGUUGAAGAUUGUGACCGGCAAGUUGACAAAGAAAAGCAUCAGUGAUGGCAUUCACUGGGACCCAAAACACAACACUAUCUUCCACCUGAUUGACAAGCAGACAGGGAAGGUAAACUCUACUAAGUACUUUGCCAAGCCGCUGUCAACCUUCCACCAGAUCAAUGCAUAUGAGGAGGACGGCUCCUUGAUCAUAGAUAUGUGUGCUUCAGAUGAUGGCCAGGCAAUCACUAACUACAACAUCCAGAACCUGCGCAAGUCCGGAGAUGCUCUUGAUGAGGUGUAUAACACCUUGUGUAGAGUCUUCCCACGGCGUUUCAUUUUGCCUCUCAAUGUGGACAAUGGUACACCCUACGGCCAGAACCUGAACAACCAGCCCAACAGCGAAGCUACUUCUAUAAGAAUUGCCAAGAACAAGGUCUUCUGUACCCACGAGGACCUCCACGGGGAGGAUCUUCAUCAAUAUGGAGGUCUGGAGUUCCCUCAGAUCAACUACAAGAAGUACAACACCCACACCUACCGCUACUUCUAUGGCUGCGGCUUCAGACAUCUUGUAGGAGACACACUGAUCAAGAUGGACCUCCACGGGAAACACAUGAAGGUGUGGGAACAACCCGGUCUUUAUCCCUCUGAACCCAUCUUCGUACCCUCCCCUAAUGCCACAGAGGAGGAUGAUGGUGUCAUCUUGUCUGUGGUCAUCACUCCGAAUGAGGACAAGAGUACGUUCCUCCUGGUUUUAGAUGCCAAAACGUUUGAGGAGCUGGGCAGGGCUGAGGUGCCUGUCAACAUCCCCUACGGUUUCCAUGGGACAUUCAAUGCCACAGCAUAGAAACACGUGAGGGGGAAAUAAAUGAAUGUACCUGACUUCACAUGGACAGGUGGAAGUCGUGGCAGAGGUUAUACACUAUGUAAAUAUUGUCUGUGAUGUUUUGUUUGUCUCAUCAUACAUGUAAGAUUGGAUGUGUUAGCAAAAAUUUUAAAAAAAGGUUUAAAGUUCAUGUUGUAGCUGUUAUAUAGAUCUAUUAUACUGUGUUAAGAAACUAUUUAAAAACAUGUCCUGUUGUUAAUAGGU